GCGCCACCUUGGUAAAGCCAAACACUCGACCUCCACCGCCGCCGCCACCGGUUUCUCCACGACCGCCGCAGAAACCAGUCCCCUUCACGAUGCACGGCUUCACAUGGCACGACCCUUACAGCUGGAUGUCGAAUCUCUCCGACAGCGUCUCGAUGCGCCACAUGGACGUGUACAUGGAGCAAGAGGAGAAGUACACCGAGGCGGCGAUGGUCGCCGUCGGUGCAGACCGCCUUCAGCGCAAGCUGCAGAUCGAGAUGGCUCCUCAUAUGUCCUCUCAACUCUGCUCACCUCCCCUUCGAUGGGGCCCGUGGCUUUAUUACCGCCGAGUUGAGGAGGGGAAGCCCUUUCCGGUGCUCUGCCGCCGUAAGGCUAUCUUGCAGGAGGAGUUCAUUUCCUACAAUGUGCCCUCUGCUGGCUUCGACUUAACUUCCGGCAAGAGAAUUGAGCAGAAGCUGCUCGAUUAUAACGCUGAAGCUGACCGAUUUGGAGGGUAUUCUUAUGAAGAACUAUCUGAAGUUUCUCCAGAUCAUCGUUUACUUGCAUAUACCAUGUAUGACAAAGAAAAGGACUCCUUCACUCUAUCCGUUAUUGAUCUAACUAGCGGUACUCUACUCGACAAACCACGGGCUGAUCGGGUUGCAAAUUUGUCUUGGGCGAAGAAUGGAAAGGCACUGCUUUACACGGUUACAAACAGCGAUAAAAGACCAUAUCGGAUUUUUUGUAGUAUGCUUGGGUCCGCUAAAGAUGAUGUUUUGAUUCUGGAAGAGUCCGAUGAGAAUGCUUAUGUUAACAUUAGAAAUACCAAGGAUUUUCAGUUUAUUACUGUUAAUAUUUUUUCAAAUACUUCUUCCAAGCUGUAUUUGAUAAAUGCGGCUGAACCCCUGAACAGCAUGACUUUAGUGUGGGAGUGUGAGCCUCAUACUAAUUGCAUAAUUGAGCAUCAUCAUAACGUUUUUUAUCUAUUUACAAAUGCUGCUAAAGGAGGUGUGCCCGUUGAUUCACAUUAUCUGCUUUGUUCUAGCUUUGAAGCGUCUAGUAUUGGGAAUUGGGAGAAUGUAAUGCUCGAGGAACCUGCUGUUUCACUUGUGGAUGUUGAUUUCUGUGACACGCAUAUGGUGCUUGUUCUGAAAGAAAACAAAAGAUACAGGCUUUGCUCAAUUUCGCUGCCUUCGGAUGCAAAGGGACCUGUGCAUUUGGAAAAACUCAAUCCAUGCUUCCUGCCACUUCCAGACCACGUUUGUCAGAUACAAUCUGGACCUAACUAUGAUUUUUAUUCUUCAAUCACGCGUUUCAUAAUUUCCUCGCCAGUGAUGCCUGAUGCUGUAGUUGACUACAACUUAUUAAAUGGAAAAUGGAACAUAAUCCAACAACAAAAUGUGCUUCUUGAGAGAUCAAAAACAUUAUAUGGUUUUGCUUCUUUAGGAAGUGUGAAACCUCAGACCUCAGUGAGCUUUAAUGUUGCAGAUGAUGCUGACUGUUCAAGUGGGACAUGGAAUGAGCUGAAUGAAUUUUAUGCUUGCGAGUACUAUGAUGUUCCAUCUGAGGAUGGUGUUAUGGUUCCACUGACAGUAGUGUAUUCUCGGAGACUCAAACAAGAGGGUGGUCCUGGAUUACUUCAUGGACAUGGGGCUUAUGGCGAGUUGUUAGAUAAGCGUUGGAGAAGUGAGUUAAAGAGUCUUCUUGAUCGUGGUUGGGUGGUUGCAUACGCUGAUGUUAGAGGUGGUGGUGGUGGCGGUAGAAAGUGGCAUCAGGAUGGCAUGCGUUUAAAGAAACAAAAUUCUAUCAUGGAUUACAUUUCAUGCUCAGAGUUUCUUAUAGAAAAAGGUAUUAUUCACAAAAAUAAGCUUGCUGGGUGGGGAUAUAGCGCUGGUGGUCUACUAAUUGCUGCAGCUAUCAAUGCCCGUCCAGACUUAUUUCGAGCUGCAAUUUUGAAGGCUCCUUUCCUGGAUGCAGUCAACACUCUUCUCUAUCCUAUUUUGCCGCUCAACCCAAUUGAUUAUGAGGAGUUUGGAUGCCCUUUGGACCCUGAAGAUUUUCUUGCUAUUAGAAAAUAUUCUCCUUAUGAAAAUAUCAAGAAGGACACUGUUUAUCCAUCUGUGAUGGUGACAUCAUCUUUUAAUACAAGAUUUGGUGUGUGGGAAGCUGCAAAAUGGGCUGCGAGAGUCCGAGAGCUGACAAUAUAUGAUCCAAUGCGUCCAGUUGUCCUCAAUCUUACAGCUGAUCUUGUUGAGGACAGCAAAUACUUGCAGAUCAAAGAAUUAGCAUUGGAAACUGCUUUCCUCAUCAGAAUGGUUGCAGAUUCGAGCAGUUGAAGAAGCAGACUCUCUCUCUCUCUCUCUCUCUCUCUCCUGUAUCAGUUUUGAUGAGUCUUUGUUUGCUUGGUCUGUGUUUGGGUUGUAUGGCAAUUUUGAAAGCCCUCCAUUAAAAUGUCUAAUAUUUAUGUUACAUUUCUCAUAGA